AACGCUUUUCUCUCUCAACGACAACGAUGGCCCUUUCUUUCAUCGGAAAACCUAUUUCUCUCAUUUCUCAGUCAGAUGUUCGAUACAGAGGUAUCCUAGCGGGCAUCGACCCCGUCCAGUCGACGAUCCAGCUCUCAAAUGUAUUCUCGAUGGGUACAGAGUCUCGACGGCCGCCGACGGAGUUCAUCCCUCCCGUGCAGGAACCAUACCAAUACAUCAUCUUCCGUGCGUCGGAAGUGAAGGACUUAGCUGUAGAUGAACCAACACCUCGUCGCAGUGUCCAUGAUGAUCCUGCAGUCCUUGGGGCAUCUGCACCUAUGCCGCAGGGCUCUUACAACUUCACCCCUGGUGCUCAAUCUUCACCACAGCCAGCUGCGCAACAAGCGCAACAACAACGGCAAGGGUAUCCUCAACAGCAAGGGCCGCAGGGGCCUGGGUCACAACGGACACCUGCACCUACACAGGGUGGCUCUUCACAGGCUAGUGCUGGCUCAUCUACGACAGCGAAGAAUGGUCGACCUAAUGCCGUAAUCUCUGCAACCGCUUCACUCGAGACCGUUGAGCGAGCGCUUGGUGAUCUACGUGUAACCCAUGGUGCUGAUGGCGUACAUCAUCAGGGACAACGGGGUGGAAGACGUGGAGGCCGUCCACAUGAUCGCCAGGCUGCUCAGAUACCCGUACCUACGACAGAUUUUGACUUCCAGGGAUCCAACGCGAAGUUCGACAAGGCUGCACUUGCACCUCGCAAGUCGCCUUCUGCUGAGGCAGAGGAAGGUGCAGAAGAGAAGGCUAGGGAAAAGGCCGAGGCGGAGGUCGCAUACAACCCGAAGAAAUCUUUCUUCGAUUCGCUAUCGUCGGGUAGUAAUGCGCCUACUUCUGAUACACGUGGCGGACGUGGUGGGCGGCGAGGUGGAGGUGGACGCAACAGGCGAGAAGAAGAGAGGGAGAGGAACGUCGCUACUUUCGGCGAACCUGGAGGUAUUGGUUUGAUGGGUCCAGGUGCUUAUGUUGGUGGAUGGGGAGGAUAUGGACGACGAGGUGGAGGUAGAGGGCGCAGGGGUACUGGCGCACCUGCAGUAGGAGCUCGAUGACAGACCCGUUUUAGUGCCUCAGAUUCAGUCGUAACUUGUUUUCCUUGAAGGUCUUGGUGUUAUCGUUCGUUCGCAGCAGUCAUAAUUUGUCUCACUUCUUUGUGGGUUAUCGCGUCGUUUUAGUCGUGAUUGUAAUGCAUAUCGUGUUGUCCAUUCAUACCCAAAAGUCCAUUG